AUGGAUUCCUGUAAUGAUGUCCUCUUGGGCUAUUGUCACUUGGAACUAGCUACUCGAUUGGCUUAUCUUUGGGGUGCUCAGGCCUUAGCAAGCUGUUGUUCUGGUAUCAUCUCUUUUGGCGUAUUUCGUUUGGAUGGUUGGAUAAGUCUUCAAGGUUGGAAAUGGUUAUUCUUGAUAGAUGGUGUUUUUACGCAUCUGAUUGGACUUGUUGCCUUCAUGUACCUACCAGCAUCACCAACACAGUCAUCUCUCUUUUUAAAAUCAACUAGAUGGCUAACACAAAGGGAAAAGUACAUUGCAAAGGCACGUGUUAUUCGUGAUGAUGCGAUAAAGGAGCAUGAUGAUCACCCUUUGACGUGGCAAGAUGUGAAAUUGACACUUUCUGAUUUGAAUAUGUAUAUGCAUCUACUAAUCACCUUCCUAGGACUGAUGCCCAAUGUACCAAUCCAUACAUAUUUACCAAGCUUAAUUUGUUCAUUUGGAUUUCCUGUGACAUGGGCUAAUCUAUUGGCAGCACCUGCAGUGAUGAUUGGCCUCUUUUUUUCAGUACAGAUUGCCGCCAGCUCAGAUCGACAUGGUCAAGUGGCACUUCAUGGUUUGAUUGGUACGCUUUGGAGUUUGGUUGGAUUUGUGAUGAUGCGCCUUUUACCUGAACAAGUAGAUACCGUAAAUGGAGGAAGAUGGACAUUUUAUCUCAUUGUAUUGUUCACUGCUGCUACACCUUCUUGGCAUGGUAUGCAAAUCGCUUGGAUGUCAAGUAACCUAGCACCGAUCGGAAAACGAACUUUGGCACUUGGUGCUGUGAUCAGUGCUGCAAAUCUGAACGGUGUUCCUGGUUCGAUGAUAUAUCGAUCAAAUGAUUCACCGUUAUAUCGUCAUGGUAAUAUGAUCUGUAUUUAUCUUCAAAUCGCCACGACUUGUUUAUGGCUCAUUCAACGUACUCGUUAUACCCUCAAAAACAAGUCUAGGGAACAAAAAUGGAGUAAGAUGACACACCAAGAAAAAGAAAUAUAUAUCAAAACGACAAGUGAUGUAGGAAAUAAUCGAUUGGAUUAUCGUUUCCAUUUAUAGCCGACUGCAUCC